AUGGCUGAUACAGCUGCGGUGAUCCCAUUGUCGCAAGGCGCUGGUUAUGGAGUCGUUGUUGGUCUCGGAGCGUUAUUUGCUUUUGGAAUGAUAGCAGUCAGUGAGGUUAUGAAAAGACGGGGAAACGUUGAAAAUUCCGAAGAGUUCACUGUUGCAAAGAGAUCUCUUGGAACUGGGUUGACUGCCGCUGGUGUGACAUCUUCUUGGACAUGGAGUACCACCCUCCUCUCCUCGGUAACUGUUGCUUACGAAUAUGGUGUUGCCGGCUCGUUCUUCUACGCUGCUUGCAACAGUACGCAAAUCAUGGUUUUCAGCAACUUGGCUAUUCAAACUAAGAGAAAAGCUCCUAAUGCCAGAACAUUCCUUGAAAUCAUCCGUGUCCGAUAUGGUACAAUCGCGCAUUUCUCGUUUAUGUUCUUUAGUUUGGCUUCCAAUAUCUUGGUUGUUUCAUCCAUUUUGAUUGGCGGUGCGGCAGCUAUCAACUCAUUGACUGGGAUGAAUGUUUAUGCCAGUCUUUGGUUGCUUCCUCUUAGCGUUUCUGCAUACACUAUGCGAGGUGGGUUGAGAGCUACUAUUCUCACAGACUACAUUCACACAGCUAUCAUCUUGAUCGUCAUUUUGUUUUUCUGGUUCAAGGUCUACGCUUCUGGAACGCAAAUUGGAUCCCCGGGAAAGAUGUGGGACCUCCUCAUUGAAGCCGCUCAGCGAAAUGACUACUCAGCACCGACUAGAGACGGAAGCUAUCUCACCAUUCGAUCCCUAGGUGCGCUCAAGUUUGCCAUCCUCAGUAUUCUCGAAUAUACCGGUGUCGUCUUCCUAGACAAUUCUUUUCACCAAAAGGGCAUUGCGGCAGAUCCUGCAUCCGCGAUUCCCGGCUAUGUUCUCGGAGGGCUGGCUUGGUAUGCAAUGCCUUUUACCUUGGCUACCACGAUGGGUAUUUUGGCAAUUGCGCUGGAAAACACACCUGCUUUUCCCACGUAUCCUAGAAGAAUGAAUUCCAAGGAGAUUGGUGCUGGGUUGGCUUUACCUUACGCCGCCCAGACAAUUGCUGGUAAAGGUGGUGCUGGUGCAGGCGAGUUACCCGAUAUCCCUGGAUCAUGUCGGAGAAUCAUUACUAAUUUGUGUCGAAGUAUAGUCCUCGUACUAAUGUUUAUGAGCUGCACCAGUGCCAUUUCCAGUGUACUUAUCGGCGUCUCCACCGUUCUGUCUUACGAUAUCUACAAGACUUACCUCAACCCUAAAGCUACCGAUGAUCAAGUACUCCGUGUAGGGCAUUGGUGCGUUGCCGGCUUUGCUAUCUUCAUGGCUGCCUUUGCUACCAUGCUUCACGGAGUGAACAUUGAUUUAGGUUUCAUAUACAAUAUGACAGGUAUCUUCACAGGCUCAGCACUUCCCGCCCUCGUCGGCACAUUCUUCUCGUCACGACAAGGAGCACUAGCAGCGACCGCAUCUAUCUGGACUGGAUUCUUUGCCGCAGUCAUAACAUGGUUAACCUUGGCUCAGCGCUUCUCUGGAACCGUAAACAUCACAUCUGUCGGAGCAACCGAUCCGUGUUUAUACGGAUGUAUCGCGGGCAUUGGCGCAGCAGCCGUAAUUACCAUCAGCAUUUCCAUUUUCCACAACGCUCGUUAUGGGUGGGAAACCCUCGGUGCAAUUCGCUUGACCGAUAGUGAAGGAAACGAUAAAGAUGUCGCUUAUGAGGACCCAACUUACGACCCAGAACGCCUGAGAAAGGCGGCUUAUGUUGCUCGUGCUAUCACUCUGUUCUUAUUCUUAGCCUUGUUUAUUAUCUGGCCCUUGACUUUAUACGGCACCGCAUACAAGUUCUCGAAGAAGUUCUUUACGGGAUGGGUCAUAGUAUCCCUGCUCUGGGCGUUCUUUUCCUUUUUCACCGUUACGGUAUUCCCUAUCAUCGAAGGGCGACACCUGCUCCUAUCGUGGGCGAAGGAUCUCUUUGGCAAACGCAGCAAGGCGACUCAUACAGAGGAGUUUGAUCACCAUCAACAUGGUCAGCGGUAUGAUGACUCGGAGGCGGUUCUGGAAGAGAAGACGGCUGUAGGUGAUAGGGCUGUGCCGCUUGAUUCGAGUUGGGAAAAGUAG